UUUGCGCACGUCAGUUGGUCGGCGCGCGGCGCGUCGUGAGUUACAAAUUAAAUAAAAAUAAAUACAUACAUACAUACAUACCACAUAAAAUAUUUACUGAAUGAAAAACAAAACGCACAAAAGCUGAGAAGCACGAGUUGUUUCCAAAAAAAAUCGUAUCUAAUACAAAUCGCGAAAAAUAAAAAGUGCAAGAAUUGUUGAAAAUAAAUAAUUUGAGUAAUUAUAAAUAAUAGUUCUAACUAGUAGAGUGUUUGCAGUAAAAUAAGAAAAUAAUUACACACACAUGCACAUGUAUGUGGCCAACUAGAAGAGAGCGCAUGCCAACCGGGCCCCAAUCCGUACAAACAGAAUUGUGAAAAGUGCUUAACGGCGAGAAUACGCAGCGAACGGAGUGCAAAGCGAAAUUUUCGUCUAGCUGUGCAGAUUUUCAAAAAGAUAGAUACACAAGUGGAGUCGCGAACACGUAUGCAGGCGCACAGCACUGUUCUAUAGAGAAAAGCACACGCACACACUCACACGUAUCUAUGCAGUUGUUGGUGUGCGCGUAGUUUGGUGCGCGUGUGUGUGUUGUGGUUUAACGGCUGCCCGCUGAAAUAAAUACCCCAACUAGUCGUGGUAUGCACUAUUGGAAUAUUUGUUGUUGUUUUCGUAUAUUAUAUUUUGGCUUCGGUUCUUAAUUCGCGCAAAAUCAACAACCCACAAAGGAAGCAAACAACAAACGACUCUCUUCGUGGAAUUGUGGCAAUAGAAUCAACAAAGGUGCAUAAAAAGAAAAUAAAACAAAAUUCGACAAUGGAAUUAAGCAAUUUCAAUGCAUCGAAAAAGAUAUCGCGCGAGGAGCGCCGAUAUUCAGUACCUCACGGCCCCCAUACACCACAGCCGCCAGCGGCCUCAGAGGACUUGCAUGCCUGGUCGAUAUAUAGACAAAAUCUCAACUCCGACUUCACCGAUUCCGCUUUGGGCUCAUCGGACAAAUCACCGCUGCCAUAUGGAAAUUUCCAGCUACGCGACACCACAGUGCAAUCAAUUCUCAAUCAUCCGCGGUACGGACCGAAAUCCCCCUUGGGAUCAAAUAUGUAUACAUAUUUGAAAUUCGGACUGCCGCGCGUAUUUCCACCGAAUGCCGGUUCGCAGCGUUCACACCGACCGCCGGGACCAGGACCGGGUGGCGUGCGUGGUCGUGUUAAUCGUGGCUUCCGCGAUAGCUCAGGUGUGCCGCCAGCCGGUUCAUCUGGCUACGAUAGCAGUGACAACGAAACAACGCGCAGCCGAGUGCCGCCCAACUUGAGAAAAUACCGCAGUGAGUCGGACUUCCGUGCCAUUGGCGGCAUACCAAGCUCACGUCCCGAAUCGCGCGCACAGGGCGUACCCAUGACGGCGCUGCGACAGGCGAACAGUCGUGCAAGCAUAGCUGUGGGCACACACAUCAAUACUCAUCACUAUAUGCCGAAUGGCAAGCAUUACGGUCAUCGUUCGCACAGUGAAGCCGAUUUGUUGGCCGGUGGCGCUGACGUCAUCGGUUAUGACUACGGCGAGUCACGUAUCUAUGGCACAUCGCGCAAUCGUAGUUCAGACCAUCCGAACGGUGGACACGCCAGCUACAUUAUGUCCAGCCGGAAACAUUCGAGUAUCGGACUUGUCUAUCCCAAUAUACAGGUGCACUGUCUGGAUGUGAAUCCAUGUCUACGCGGAGUUUCACUACAAGCAAAGGCCGGCGAUUUGUUCGCCAUAAUGGCAACGUCGCAACGUGAAGGCACAGCGUUGACGGAGUGCUUGGCGGGCUUACACGAGCGCAUGGGUGGUGAAAUUCUCAUCAAUGGCCAACAAAUCAAUAGACGCGGUUUACGUGAGCUCUGCAGUUAUGUGCCGGCGUUGAAAGUAUCCUCGCUGGAUCCGCGUAUGAGCGUGCAAUGUACUUUGAAUUUCCAUGCCGCAUUAAGAGGGCCGCUUGAUCGAACGGACCUCAAGGAGCGGAUGGAUGUGCUAAUCGAGGAUCUCGGUUUGACUACCGUGCGCGCCUCGAAUGUCUCUUCACUCACACACUCCGAGAAGCAGCGUUUGAGUGUCGCUUGUCAAUUGCUUGCACAGUCGUCACUGCUCAUACUCGAUCAGAUUACUAGUAAUAUGGACAUAUUCGACACAUUCUUUCUGGUGGAAUAUUUGCGACAAUGGGCUAGUGGUGGUCGUAUUGUGAUCAUGACACUACAGCCACCCACAUUCGAAAUACUCUCAAUGUGUUCCAGUGUACUGUUAUUAUCAGGUGGGCGUACGGUGUUUUCCGGCAGUCGCUCCGACUUGCCACGACAUAUGGGGGAGUUGGGUUAUCCUUGUCCGCCCUUCAAAAACCCAGCCGAUUACUAUUUGGAUUUAGUUACAUUGGAUGACCUGUCAGCUGCUGCCAUGCUGGAGUCAUCGGCACGCAUCGAAUCAUUAGCCAACUCGUGGGAUCAAAUCAACUCCGAACCACCGCUAGCCGCGCCACCGGCAUCAUUGCCCAACUUCACAAGGAAAGCGGGUUUCUGGGGACAGACGAAAGCUUUAAUAAAACGCUUUGCCGCCUACAAGCAACCGGGUUCGCUGCUCACCUGGAUCAGUAAGCUGAUUGCGGCGGCUUUGCUUUCGCUUUGCAUCGGUUGCAUUUUCUGGGAUGUGCCCGCUUCAGAUGCACAACUUACUUACAACGAUCGCUUUGGUUAUCAUCACUGCGUCAUGGCGGUGGUCUACUGGCCAUUGCUGCUCUUGACCAUACGCGAUGCGCAAGAGGAUCGACGACAUGCCGAGCGCGACAUACGCUUGGGUCUCUACUCGCGUGGUCUCUACUUUACAAUACAGUGCUUAUUGGGGCUGUUUCCGAGUCUUUGCAUCUGGCUGGCUUACUUGCUACCGGCGCACAGCAUGGCCGGGUUGUAUACAUAUUCGACCAGCAGCGAUGCCGGCAUCUAUCUCUAUAUGGGCUACAUGCUGCUCUAUCUCACCGUCAUACAAACACUUGGCCUCUUCUGCGCUCACCUAAUGCCCUGCAAGGUGUCUGCUAGCAUUUUCAAUGCACUUAUCACACUAGGUCUGACUGCUGUGGGCGGCUAUGCCGUGCAUCCGCGCGAUCUCUCGAAAUUGUGGUCCUGGUCACAGCUUAUAUCACCCGAGAAGUGGUUGCUGCCUGUUCUGGUGCAGGAUGAAUACAGCGCAGACACGCUAACCAACUCGGCGGGCCUACAGCUCUGUCGCAACAAGCAGGUGCAACAUCAGGAGAUCAUUGUGCAGCAACCGUGCCCACCACCGAACGGCACCCAUGUGCUGGCCGAUUUUCAGUUGCUGCCGCGCAAUCAUAUACUCGAUCCGAGCGAGACGUACGAGCAGACCACCACACUCGCUUUGGUGCUGGCCUCGGUCAUAUUGUUCGUGGUGACGUUUUUCGUUUUCGUGUGCAAUUGUCGCAGUACUUUCCGCAAGAAGCAGAAGCGCAUGUAAAGCAUUUUUUGAAAAAAAAAAAAAAAAAGUUUUUGAAAAAAAUUAAAAAAAAAAGUUUUUGAAAAAAAGUUUUUGA